UCAGGCAUGCAGUCGACCCUGGAGACAUCGCUGUGAUGCUGGAGUACGAGACAGUCGGAGUUGAACUGGUGCAACUGAUUCCUCCAGUGGGCGACACUCUGGCCUGCUUUGAAGAAGACGCUCGAACCUUCUUAUUCCCAGAACCCAAGCUGGUUCCCUCGUUUUCUGGAGUGGACCGAGAGGUUCUGAUGACCCGGGCGCCUCAUUUUCCAGGUAUCGCUCCAAGGUUGGAGUUUUCCACCAAGACCACCAUCACCGAGUGCUCACCUGACGCAGAGAUCAACUUUUACCCCAACGUUCCCCUGAGGAAAGUGUUAAAGAAGAACAGGAGGCGCUCCAGCAGACCCAGGACCACCUCUCCUCAUCAAAAACAAAUUCAAAACCUUGGAAGGAAUCGAGGUGGCAGAGUGGAAGGAGAAAGACGAAGCAUCGUCAGGCCGUCGUCACACAGAUCCCAGUCCCUUUCUCCUCUGAGGACCGGAAACAUCCAGCGUCUCGCUCGGCUCAGCCUGGAAUCAACGCCUUCAAGCACGACCAGCUGGAACAAAAGCAGCAACAAUCAGCCUAUGCUGCCUUCGUGGCCUGGAGCCAGUCGCUCUGCCUCACCUCAGCGCUCUGCAGUGUUUACCAGCUCCUCCUCACCUUUGACCAGGUCUUCCUCCACAGUGAGAUUUUCUCCAACUGCCCAAAGAAAAUCCGUGUCCAAUGGCGUGGUUGGAGGAACGUCUGAAGACGACUCCAGCUCCUCAGAAACACUCGACCCCUCUGACUGCCAUCGUUCCUCCGACCCCUCAGUGUUACGACGGUCUUACAGAGAAACGUCCAGACACAGCAGGUCUGAGUCCAGUUCUCACAGAGAAUGGGAAGAGGUCCAUGAGCGUGUCCGAGGACUCCUUACAACACCAAAAGCCGUACACCGACUUGUCUAUGGGGCCUCGGUUUCUGAGGUGGAUGAAGUUUUAGCGAGGAGAUCCAUCUCUCCAGGUCCACCAUGAUGACCACGUCUAAGGUAAAAGGACCGUUGCCUUGCCAAUGAAGUCUUUGGUCUGUACUGGUGUGUGUGUUCGAGAAAGAGAGGUAUUUCCAUUGCAGUGGUCUGAUUGAUUCCCACACAUCCUGUAUUAAUGACUGGGAAAAGGGUGCUUCAUAUUCAAAUAAACCUAUUAGACCCAAACCUCUGUUAUAUCUCGGUUUCGAGGUAGCCUGGAGGCAGUAAUGUGGGUUUGACGUCAUAAUCCUGUUAAUCUAUCAAGCUGACAUUGUGGAGUCCUCAGGUAAAUCACCCGAAGGCCAUUAAAAGCAAAUUGUGUCUAUGGCGAUGCGGCUCUUUGUGAACUACCGCCGUAUAUCAGAGAAAGAGCUGCUCUCUGUGACUGUGAGGCAUUAAAUAUCGGCUUUAGCAGGAACAUUAAGAUCUACUGCAGAAUGGCUGUUGAAACAGAAUUCUAUUUUGGUAUUCCAUCGACUGUAUGUGAAGAUGGGCGACAUGCCACCAGAUCCUACCACCUCACUAAAAUGAAGCCAAAAUAUUAUGAAAAUAGGUGUGACUGUCUCAAGCUGGUGAUGUUUGAAACCAGAGUCUGGAGGCGUGGUAUCAAGGUCCUGAACGGGACAAAUUCAAAUCUGGUUUUCCCUUGAACUUCAUGUAGUCUCUUUCUUUCCUGGACUGUUGUGGACUGAUGUUGAUAGACUCGAUGUUUUUGGUUUUAAACAGCUUACAGAGAAAGACAUAAAUGUUUUGUGGGAACUGUACUUGUCCAGCUAGCUAGCUACAUGUCACUUUUUUCACAUAGAGGAGCUGUGGGUAUUGCUUGUAAGCUACAUUAUUAAUAUUAAAAGACUAAUUAAAGGAAUACAGGGGGUCCUCAGUUUACGACAUCCUCGACCUACAGCGUUUCAUCAUUAUGGUUACGUAGACGAAUAUGUCGUCUUAAAGCGGCAUAAGACGGCUUUGUUUACGUUCUCUGGUUGUACGCCACCUUGGACUGUGCUACAUUCACUUUUUGUCCUUCAUUAUGGCUCCCAAACGUAAGUCAGGCUCUUCUGAGGCUUCAAAGAAAAGGAAAGCCAUCUCCAUGGAAGUGAAAUAAGAUAGAAUAAAACGCUAGGAACAGGACGAACAUUGGUCAAGUUGUAAAAACAGAUCAACAUAUUGUAGCGACCCUCUGUGAUGUGUCGGCUAGCUAAAACAGGCACAGUGUGGGACCUUUAAUUUGAUGCAAACUAUUUCUGGGAAAAUGUAUUUGAAGUAAAAUGUGAUUUUCAGUUGACAUGGAUG